AUGUUCUCAUUAUUACAUCUGAUGUCGUAUGUGGGCGCGCUUGCCGCGUUCCUCUUUGUGACAUUAUCAUUAGCGAGCGGUCUCCUAUGGCUGGCCGAACUCAUAGAGGAGCAUUCGAGAUAUGCCAAGACAGUAGGCAUGCGAGGAAUAUAUACCAUCAUAUCCCUCCACAUUCUUCUCCUGUACACCGACUCCCUCCCCGCUCUCCCCGUCCUCUUCUCCAUAACCUGCCACCUCAUCUACCUAUCCAACUUCACAUCCUCCUGGCCCGUCAUCUCCCUCUCCUCCCCGCGCUUCCUCGCCUCCUGCGCCCUCGUCAUCGCCGACCACUUCACCUGGUUCUUCCACUUUGCCAACAAGGCCAACGAGGCCAAGCGCAGGUCGCCGAACCGGUAUUCGUAUGGCGCGCCAAAGGGGAGAGGGGAGGGAGAGCAUGGGUUCAUGGACGUGGCGGCGUUCUUUGGGAUUUGUGUCUGGGCGGCGCCGCUGUUUCUGUUUUUGAGCCUGAGCGCGAAUGAUAAUGCUUUGCCGUCGUCCAUGGCCUCAGCCCCGCCUUCUCCAGGAAACGCCAUCGACCUGAACUCUCCCUUCCUAAACGGCUCACCUCGUCCUCGCCAACCCGCCGCACCCCGGACCUCCAUCCUCAAAUCCCUCCUCGUUCCCCUCGUCUCCCUCCUGCCCCGUCUCCGCCGCAAGAACCGACGGAACGACGAAGGCCUCCUCGCUCCGCGUACGCCCAUUCGAGGCUCGCCUCUACACUCACCCGUACCUAUGAGCGGAACGACCGGGUAUUUCCCAUGGGGAAACGGACCGGGAUCUUUCGCUGGUGCCGGAGGGAGCGGGCCAGGCGGUGGGUCGGGCGGACUCAGUCGGCCUGGAACGCCAGGAGCAGGACCUGGCGCGAGCGCCUAUGCGUCGGCCUCGAGCUCUACCUCGGCGUUCUCGAGCCUGUCGCCCGAGAUGGCCAAGAAGCCUACGAUCGCCCUUCAGCGUCCUCCGGGUCCACCACGGCGCGUUCAGUCGGAAAUGCAGGUGUCGAGGGGCGCGCCGGGGAGUAAUCCGAGAGGCAUAGCGACGAGGAAUGGGGUGCCGGCUACGCCUGAUUCUGCGUUGGGACCGGCGUCGGGGUCAGGGGGAGAUGGAGCGGAAGGGCUGGGACAAGUGUGGAGGGGCUUGAGAGGAGUGGGCCGAUCGGGGGCCCUGCGAUGA